AACCGGUGAGGUCAUAUAUAGACACCACGUUUAGCGAUUUUGCUCUGAGUGUGUUCACCAUUCUGUGUGUUCAAGUUUUGGCGACGUUUUUAAUUGCUGUGCAGUUCGCGUUUGUUCCGGCCCUGAAGGAUUUCUUAUUCCAUCCGGAUUCGAAAUAUUUUGUUUACUCCGUGGCUGUAAUUUCGUUUGUCCUAGAUUUUGUUUGUGUCCUGUUACUUGAAAUGCAACCAGGAUGGAUGAAAGAAACGUCAAUGAUAAAUUAUAUGUUCUUGGGAUUCGUCACCAUAUUUACAGCAAUUUUGUUACCUGUCCUAACUUCGCUAAUUCCGUCUCAAUUUGUUAUGUAUUAUAUAACUGGGAUGACGCUGUCUGGUAUCGUUUUCAUCACCUUGUUUCCCGUUCAAUUGAGGACGGAAUUGACAUAUUUGACGGGAUUGUUCGCAGCCAUGGUGGGCGUGGGAAUUAUGGGGGUUGUGAUGUACUCCGUUGUACCAACUGAAAAUCUUGACGGACCAGAUUACUUAUGGCUUAUCAUUGUUGGAGGGGCUCUUACAAUUUUCUUUACAAUGUUUUGGAUCUGCCUGGUGAAAAAGAUGAUGAUGAUGAUGAGUGGGGGGCGACUUUCAAAAUCGCCGGAAGAAUUUAUAUUGGCAUCAAUGUAUCUUUAUGUCGGGUCUGCAUUUAUGUUCAUAAUUUUGCCAGCGUGUAUCUGGCUGAGAAGAAUCCAGGUCUGUUUUUCAUUAUUUGAGACACCGGCUGAAUCUAGAAAUUCAGGAACUGCCAGGAAUUCAAAUUCAGGAACUGUUUGAAAUUCACUACUGAUUGCAACGGAUAUAUAUUUAUGUAUUUAUAUCAUAUGCGAAUAAAUUUAUGGGAUUGAUUUAGUGUUGAA